AUGCCAGCACAACCACAAACACAAGUUCCAAACACCAUGGAUGAUGUAUUAAAAUAUAUCUCAACUGUUACUGCAGAACAUGAUAAUUUCGAAACUAUUAGCAAAAGAAUUGCUCCAACCUUAAAAGAAGUUCAACCACAAGUUUUUGCACAAUCUACUUCAGACGAUAGAGAUCCUCUUGAUCUUUUGGAUCCUAGUACUUCCAGUUUAGUUUACGCAUAUCUUCUAGCUGCACGAUUUCAUGUUGAAAGUUCAAAUUCCACACGUUUAAUACAAUAUAUUAUUCAAUACUUGUCCGUAUUUGAUGCUAAUCAAGUUCGAUUGGUACCAGAUAAAUUUCGCCAGGUUAUACAAGGACUUACUAGAUUAGCAGCGACGCGCCAAAAAAAUCUCAUAACCAUUAAACCUAUUGCGAAUGCACUUUUAAGAUAUGCUCCGAGUCCCCAACAUUUGACAAACGUUCAUCAAAUUUUUAUCAAGGAAUGUCUGCUUUCUAAAUGUUAUAAGCAAGCUCUUCAAAUUUUAGAUACUGAUAUUACAGAAAUAGAAUUAGUGGGAACUGGUAUAACUUAUCAAGACCAUUUGCUUUAUCAUUAUUAUGGUGCAAUGGUGUAUAUAGGUUUAAAGAAAUAUGAACGUGCUUAUUAUUUCUUAAAAUUGGUAAUUUCUGCACCUGCAAAUAUAGCCAGUCAAAUUCAACUAGAAGCUUAUAAAAAAUUUGUUUUGAUUUCACUAUUGUUGCGUGGAAGAAUUGGACCACUUCCAAAAUAUACAGCCUCAAUAGUUUUUCGUUCAAUUAAAAAUCAAUGUCAACCAUAUCAAGAUUACGCAUCAGCAUUUGAAUCUUUAAGUGUGAAAAGAUUACCCAAACAAACAUUAGACGCAAUUUAUAAACGAAAUAUCCAACAAUUAACGCAAACAUAUUUAACAUUGUCUUUGGCUGACAUUGCUGAUACUGUUGGUUUGGAAGGCCCAGAUGCACAUAAAAUUGCUGAGAGUUAUGUUUUACAAAUGGUGAAUCGUUACAAUACUACAAAUACAAUCAUUAAACUUGAAGAAGAAAUCGCUAAAGCUACUAGCGUUAAUGAACAUGUCAUUAGAACAGAUAAAUAUGUUGGUCGUACCAAGGAAUAUCUCUCAAAGAGUCAAAAUUUACUUGCAAGUGGUAUAAUUCCUGGUGGAUUGGGUCCUGGUGAUGAUCCGGAAUUUUUGAUUGGAGGUGGAUUCGAUAAUUUUAUUGAUGAUGGAAAGUACAUGUGA